AUUUGCCUACUCUGGGCAUUUCGUGUGGAAAUGGAAUGGAAUCACAACACGUGGUCUUCUGUGACAGUUCACUUAGCUUAAUGUUGCGAAAGUUCAUCGGUGGUGUGUCGGCUGUCCUUUUUGUGGCCAAAUGAUAUUCCAUGGUGUGGAGACACGCACGUGUUGCCUCUCCACGGACACCUGGAUUGUUCCUGCUUUUUGCUGAUCCUGAAAGAUGCUGCUGUGACCCAGCCUCUUCCAGCCGUGAGCCGGACCACUUCCUGCCACGAGACCUCCAGUCCCGACUGCGUUCACCGUCUGUCCUGGGCCAGACCCCGAGCUCAGGAUCAGUGUCGCCGAUGGAGAAGACAGUCCGCGCUCUGUCAGGCUGGGCAGCAGGAGCAAAUGAUGUGGCGGCAGAGGGCGGGCCGGGAGGGCGGCUCGGGAGGGUGCACAGGAGUGUUCCAAGCAGAAAGGAGGAAAGGUCACGGCCCAGGAAGGAGGAACGGCACGUGCAAAGGCAUAGACGCACGAGGAGAAAAACUGCGGCCAGUGGGCCCCGGAACCUGUGGUUGCAGGGCACACGCAGGAGCAGCUGCUUUCCAGGCAGGCAGUCACUGUGGCCUGGGAAGUCUAAAGCCAAGCCCAACGGGAAGAAGCCCGUUGCCGAGGAGAAGAAGGUGUACCUGGAGCCGGAGUACACCAAGUCCAGGAUCACCGACUUCGGGUUCAAGGAGCUGGUGGUGCUGCCCCGGGAGAUCGACCUCAAUGAGUGGCUGGCCAGCAACACCACGACGUUCUUCCACCACGUCAACCUCCAGUACAGCACCAUCUCAGAGUUCUGCACGGGGGAGGCGUGCCAGACGAUGGCCGUGUGCAACACACAGUACUACUGGUAUGAUGAGCGGGGCAAGAAGGUGAAGUGCACGGCCCCCCAGUACGUCGACUUUGUCAUGAGCUCCGUGCAGAAGCUGGUGACCGACGAGGACGUGUUCCCCACAAAAUACGGCCGCGAGUUCCCCAGCUCCUUUGAGUCCCUGGUGAAGAAGAUCUGCAAGUACCUGUUCCACGUGCUGGCGCACAUCUACUCGUCGCACUUCAAGGAGACCCUGGCGCUCGAGCUGCACGGACACUUGAACACGCUCUACGUGCAUUUCAUCCUCUUCGCCCGCGAGUUCAACCUGCUCGACCCCAAAGAGACGGCGGUCAUGGACGACCUGACGGAGGUGCUGUGCGGCGGCGGCGGGGGCCGCGGGGGCGGGGACGGGGCGGGCGGGGCGGCGGGCGCACAGAACCACGUGAAGGAGAGGUGAGCCCGGCCGCCCGCGUGCGGAGAGGCGGCGCGCGGAGUGUGGGCGCGGGCGCUCUGCGCCGCCGGCACCGAGGACUUUGGGACUCCGCUCGUCUGCUCAGCAGACACUUAGGGACUGCCCCCGUCCAAGUCCCCUUCUGUGGGUCCGUCUCUCCCGGUCUUCUGCGCCUGCCCCGCCACCCGGCUCGGCCUCCGGGGAGACACGCGACAGGCAGGGCUCCUUCCCCCGAGGUGGGGACCGCAGGCUUCGCUUCCACCGUGUUUCGUCUUGGUUAGGGCUGGGGGUGGCCUUCUCCUUCUCUCUCCCGCUUGGUCUGGACCUCGGCUGUUGGUGGCUCAGGGCGGGUGGGGAGGGGGAGGCCGCAGAGCACCGAGCUGCGGCCCUGUCUCCCUGCGCUGCCCCCGCUGCCCAGGAGGGGCCCCCUGGGCUGGCUGGCUCGGAUCCCGGUGCCCUGGCGGGCGGCUUGUGCGGAGACGCGGCCGGGGGCAGGGGGAGAGCCUGGCUUCCCUGUGCGGGUGUAAUAAAAAGACUUCUCUCAGGUCA